AUGAAUUACAAUGAGCUAAGUGAAAUUCCGUAUUUUGGAGAAACAACUUCCAAUAUAACUCUUCUCUCGCUGGUACACAAUACCAUUCCAGAAAUAAACGCUGAGCAACUCCAAGUUUACCUUUCAUUGGAAAGUCUAGACCUCAGUUCUAACCUUAUCUCAGAAAUUAAAGCUUCUUCUUUUCCGCGGAUGCAGCUGAAGUACCUGAAUCUGAGUAACAACAGAAUAACCACUCUCGAAGCAGGCUGUCUCGAUAACUUAUCUAGCUCACUGAUGGUGGUAAAGCUGAACAGGAAUAGGAUUAGCGUGAUUCCCCCAAAGAUCUUCAAAUUGCCACACGUGCAGUUUCUGGAACUGAAAAGGAACCGGAUUAAAAUAGUGGAAAGUCUCACGUUCCAAGGACUGGAGUCCUUAAAGUCCUUGAAGAUGCAGCGCAAUGGGAUUAGCAGACUGAUGGAUGGAGCGUUCUUUGGCCUGGGCAAUAUAGAAGAGUUAGAACUGGAACAUAAUAAUUUAACAGAAGUAAACAAGGGCUGGCUGUAUGGUCUGCGGACAUUGCAACAACUCUACGUUAGCCAGAAUGCCAUUAACAGGAUCAGCCCAGAUGCAUGGGAGUUCUGCCAAAGGCUUUCUGAGCUAGACCUGUCGUACAACCAGCUCACUCGCCUCAAGGAGUCGGCCUUCGUGGGACUUGGUCUACUGGAGAAACUCAACCUGGGCGACAAUCGCAUCAGUCACAUUGCUGACGGUGUGUUCAGAGGGCUGACAAAUCUUCGAACCUUGGACCUGCGGAACAACGAGAUCUCCUGGGCCAUAGAAGAUGCAACUGAAGCGUUCGUGGGGCUCGGCAGGCUGGAUAAGCUAAUCCUGCAAGGAAACCAGAUUAAGUCAAUUACCAAAAAAGCAUUCUCUGGUCUUGAAGGACUCGAGCAUCUAGACUUGAGCAACAACGCAGUCAUGUCCAUCCAAGAAAAUGCCUUUGCCCAGGCUCAGCUGAAGGAGCUAGUUUUGAACACGAGCAGCUUGCUGUGCGACUGCCAGCUGAAGUGGCUGCCGCAGUGGCUCGCGGACAGGCGCCUGCUGCAGGGCAUCACCGUCAGCUGCGCCCAUCCCGAGUGGCUGGCAGGACAGAGCCUCCUCAGCGUGGACCCCGACGGCUUCGUCUGCGAUAAUUUCCCUAAGCCGCAGAUAAGAGUGCAUCCCGAGACCACGAUUGCUCUGCGAGGCACCAAUGUGACGCUGACGUGCACGGCCGUGAGCAGCAGCGACUCUCCCAUGUCCACGGCCUGGCGCAAGGACAGCGAGGUGCUUUACGAUGCCGAGGUGGAGAACUUUGCCAGGUAUCAGCAGCAGAGCGGGGAGCUGGUGGAGUACACCACUGUCCUGCACCUCUUCAACGUGAACUUCACUGAUGAAGGGAAGUACCAGUGCAUCGUCACCAAUCACUUUGGCUCCAAUUACUCCAACAAAGCCAAGCUGACUGUCAAUGAGCUGCCUUCCUUCCUGAAAACUCCCAUGGACCUGACGAUCCGCACCGGGGCGAUGGCCCGGCUGGAGUGCGCUGCCGAGGGGCACCCCGCGCCGCAGAUCUCCUGGCAGAAGGACGGCGGCACGGACUUCCCUGCGGCGAGAGAGAGGAGGAUGCACGUCAUGCCCGAGGAUGAUGUGUUCUUCAUUGCGAACGUCAAAAUCGAAGACAUGGGAAUCUACAGCUGCAUGGCACAAAACGUGGCGGGCGGUUUGUCAGCAAACGCCACGCUGACUGUGCUGGAAACCCCCUCCUUCAUGAGGCCCCUGGAGGACCGGACGGUAACCCGCGGUGAGACCGCUGUCCUGCAGUGCAUCGCGGGGGGCAGCCCUGCCCCUCGCCUCAACUGGACUAAGGACGACGGCCCCUUGACAGUCACAGAGCGGCAUUUUUUUGCUGCGGCCAAUCAGCUCCUCAUCAUUGUGGAUGCUGGACUCGAGGAUGCAGGGAAAUACACGUGCAUCAUGUCCAACACGCUGGGCACCGAGCGUGGCCAUAUCUACCUCAACGUCCUGGCUUCCCCCAACUGCGACUCCUCACAGGGCGGCGUUGGCCACGAGGAGGACGGCUGGACAACGGUGGGCAUCGUGAUCAUCGUGGUGGUGUGCUGCGUGGUGGGGACCUCGCUGGUGUGGGUUAUCGUCAUCUACCACAUGAGGAGGAGGAGUGAAGAUUACAGCAUCACUAACACAGAGGAGAUGAACCUGCCCGCAGACAUUCCCAGUUACCUGUCGUCGCAGGGAACGCUCUCGGAGCCUCAGGCGGGCUACGCGGGGGCGGGGAGCCAUCAGCAGCUGAUGCCCCCGGCCGGCGGCUACGUGCACAAAGGCACAGAUGGGGGUGCAGCACCGCUGGUGAUCUGCUCCGACUGCUACGACAACGCAAACAUCUACUCCAGGACGCGAGAGUACUGUCCCUAUGGCUACAUCUCGGAAGAGGACCCCCUGGACCAAACCCUCCCUAAUCUUAUGGUGCAGAUGCCUAAGGAAGCAUACACAGCACGCAGCCAGCACGACAGCAGCACUCUCGAUCAUCUCCUGACAGACAAAGACGUGUCUGUCUUCCUCACCAACCAGGACAAAAUAAGUGAAAAGAAGCUCUCCUCCCAGCAGAUGAACGAGCCCUUUCAGAUCCCCUUAUGGGGAGGAAGCAAAGACCUGGCGCGCUCCCACCCGCACUUCCUGCAUCAGCAGUCGGCCCGUGAGACCCCGCAGCCCCUGCGAAGCGAGGGCAUCGCUGACAGCGACCGGGAACACGCAACGUCACCCAGACCCUGCCACAGGGUACGUGAACACAGCUUUGAUUUUAGUAGGACACGGAGCGUUCAUGACUAUAGUGAAACCACGUAA